AUGAUGGGGUUCGGCUUCUUCACUAUUUUUCAGAGCGCUCUGGACUAUUUGAUAGACACUUUCCAGAAAUAUGCCGCGAGUGCUGUGGCGGCAAACACCUUCCUUCGAUCGGUCUUCGCGGCAUCGUUCCCACUGUUCGUCAAUCCCAUGUAUCACCAUCUCGGCAUUCCAUGGGUCUCAAGUGUCAUCGCCUUCUUUGGGGUACUUCUGAUUCCGAUACCUUAUUUGUUCUUUGUCUUUGGAAAAUCUCUUCGAAAGCGCGGCAAAUACUCAGCCAACAUGGGAUGA